AUGCCAAAGAGCUCAAAGCCGAGGCAGAAACGUUUGCAUCGAGUGGCUGCGGACAAAAAGAAUGCGUAUGCGAUAGACAGCAGCACAAACAGCGGACAUCCCUAUGGGUCGCACCAUGGAGCAUUGGACGACUACGUGCCUCGCAUGGCAAACGGCGAUGUAGGCAGUCGAAAGCCUACAACGAACGGAAACGCAUACCCCGAUGAACUCAUGCAAGACGGCCCAGCAGUUUCUACCUCUCAAACUUCCACUAAUGCGGACCUCGCAAAAUCGAAUGGUACUCCUCCAGCUGCUGACUCCCACAUGGACCGACCUUCCGCUCGCCGUACCGUCAGCUCCUCCGCAGCCGAUCGACGUAAGCCUGGCGACGGGGAGACGAAAGAAGACGACUCGAAGUGGAUCCACCGCGAUAAGCUGGCUAUCAUCGAAAGCCAGGAACUGCAGGCCGCUGGCAUCAUUUUGCCGAGGCACCGAAUGCCAAGCCGAGCCAGGCGAGCUCAUGAUGGAAGCGGCCCCGGCCGCGCCUCGGACGCCUCCCUAGACCGGGCGGGGACGAGCAGGUCCAGAGCAAAUUCGAUAUCCGACCACAGACCGACCGAGAUCGAGAUUCCCGAGUGGGAUCUUAGGUUGCCCGAUGAAGUCAUAGCGGAAGCCAACAAGGGAUUCAUGACACCGACAGGCCUUGGCAAGGGCGCCACACGGAUUCCUGUUGCCAAACUUAGCCCCGCGCCUAUUCCCGUAGACUAUCUUGAACGAGACUCGCCGAGUGCCCGCAAGGCAUCGGGAGAUGAGCUAGGAAAGAACGGCGACAGUAUAUCGCACUGCUGUGCCUGCGAAGCGAUCCGCGACGGACGUCUCACCCAAAAGGGCUCCGGCCCUACUCGCCGCCCCUCUGGGCGUGCCGCCUCGACAGGUCGGCCCAAGACGCGAUCGGGCCCUAACAAGGAUUCCACGAGUAGCGCGGGGACGCGGCCAUCUACGCGAUCGGGCGACUUCUCAACGGCGACCAGGCAGCCAGAAGGAGACCCGCCGUGGCUCGUCUCGGCGUACCAGCCAGACCCUCGCCUACCUCCGGACCAGCAGCUGCUACCUACCGUCGCACGGCGCUUACAGCAAGAGAGGUGGGAAAAGGAGGGCAAGUUUGGCAACGUCUACGACAAGGAAUUCAGGCCGCUCACCGACGAUGGCUUCCUGCAACCGCCCGAAAAGCGAGAGGUUGAGUCGAAGCAAGGCGAGCCCGAGCCCGACCACACCGCCGAGUGGCCACUGAGGGACGAUGUGAGCCGUAGCCAGACACCGAAGCCUACCCUCAACUCAUACUCGACGAUGCCAAAGAUAUCCGACAAGCCGCCCCAGCUCAGCCCACUGCCUAGUCCGAGGACCCCCGGCAUGUCUUCCCAUCACCAACCUCUUUCGCCAAUGGAGAUGUCGAGCAGACACGACCAGCAAUCCCAACAUCAGGAGCAAGAGAAACAAAAGACGGGUGGCGGUUGCGGGUGCUGCAUCGUCAUGUAA